UUUGUCUUUCUUUGUUAAUGGUGGAGUUCUUGUUGAAAAUUUUGAUUUUCCUAUAGAGAAAAAAAUAGAGGAGAAAAAUAAAAAAAAAAUCAAUUUUUGUGGAUUAAUAUUUUUUUUGUGCAAAAUAUAACGAAAAAAAAAAUACGAAUUCGCGUUUUUUCAAUUUCAAUUUACGCUCUAUAAAAAAAGACAUAAAUAAAGAAAAAACAAAACCCGUGUUCUAAAAAAAUUUUGUGUUUUUUUUAAGUAAAAAUUUUAUUUAAUUUUUUUUUACGUUAAUUAAAUUCUGUCGCUGUCGUCGUCGUCGUCAUUCUUAUUUCUAAUUUAAUUUGAAGUUUGAAUAUUUUUUUUCUAAAUUUUAUAAAAAACUAUAAUUUUUUGGAUUCAAUUUAAAUUUUUUUUUAAUUGUUUUUUAUAUAAAAGAAAAGUAAAAAAUAAAAUAUCGAUCGAAGGGAAAGUUGUAAAAUUGAAGGAAAAAUUCAUUUACAAAUUUGUGAAAAAGAAAAUUUAAUUUUCAUAUUGAGAAAAUUUUGAAAUCGGAAAGGGAAGAAAAAUUGUUAUAGAAAGAAAAUAAAGUGCAAUAAAGGAAAAGAAAAUCUUCAAAUUUUUUUUUUUGAAUUAAAGAAGAAUAAAGGAAUAAAAAUUAAAGUGAUAAGAAAAAAAAAUAAUUUGAAACCCACAAGAAUUUUAUUUAAUUAUUUAAAAAAAAAUUUAACCAGUUGUUUUAGUUAACAUUUUUUUUUUCAAAUUAUUUAAAUAACAUUUUGAAGAUAAAAAUAAAAAGUAAAAAUUUCUUUUAAGUGUAAAAAAUUUCAAAAAAAAUAAAUAAGAAAAUUUGAAAUAAUUUUUUUUUUUUUAUAAAUUAAAAAAAUCAAUUUUUCUACUCUUGUAUAUUUUCUUUAAAGAAUAAUAUACAAUAUAUAAAAUAAAUAAAUAUAUAGGUAUAUAUAUAUUAAAAUAUAUAUAUAUAUAUAAUUAAUCUUGAAAAAUAUCUUGAAAAAAAAGUUCCGGCGGCGGAAGCAGCAGCGGUGGUGGUUCGAGUAGCGGUGGAGCUAAAGGUGUUGUAAAAAAGCUCUUCAGUAUGGGGAAUAAUGCUGCAACCGCUAAUAAAAAAGUUGAUGCUGCUGAAACAGUAAAAGAAUUUCUUGAGCAGGCAAGAGAAGAAUUUGAAGAUAAAUGGAAACGUAAUCCAACAAAUACAGCAAGUCUCGAUGAUUUUGAACGUAUUAAAACAUUGGGUACCGGUUCAUUUGGACGUGUUAUGAUAGUACAACAUAAACCGACAAAAGAUUAUUAUGCUAUGAAAAUUUUGGAUAAACAAAAAGUUGUUAAACUAAAACAAGUUGAGCAUACAUUAAAUGAGAAACGAAUUUUACAAGCAAUCUCAUUUCCAUUUUUGGUCAGUUUACGUUAUCAUUUCAAAGAUAAUUCAAAUUUAUAUAUGGUAUUGGAAUAUGUACCAGGUGGUGAAAUGUUUUCACAUUUAAGAAAAGUUGGUCGUUUUUCAGAGCCACAUUCAAGAUUUUAUGCAGCGCAAAUAGUUUUGGCAUUCGAAUAUUUACAUUAUUUGGAUUUAAUUUAUCGUGAUUUAAAACCAGAAAAUUUAUUGAUAGAUUCACAAGGUUAUUUAAAAGUAACUGAUUUUGGUUUUGCAAAACGUGUUAAAGGGCGUACAUGGACAUUAUGCGGUACACCAGAAUAUUUGGCACCAGAAAUUAUAUUGAGUAAAGGUUAUAAUAAAGCAGUAGAUUGGUGGGCAUUGGGUGUAUUGGUAUAUGAAAUGGCUGCCGGUUAUCCACCAUUUUUUGCUGAUCAACCUAUACAAAUAUAUGAAAAAAUUGUAUCUGGUAAAGUAAGGUUUCCAUCACAUUUUGGUUCAGAUUUAAAAGAUUUAUUAAGAAAUCUAUUGCAAGUGGAUUUAACAAAACGUUAUGGUAAUUUAAAAGCUGGUGUUAAUGAUAUUAAGGGACAUAAAUGGUUUGCAUCAACCGAUUGGAUUGCUAUAUUCCAAAGAAAAGUAGAAGCACCAUUUAUACCAAGAUGUAAGGGUCCAGGAGAUACUAGCAAUUUUGAUGAUUAUGAAGAAGAAGCGCUUAGAAUUUCAAGUACAGAAAAAUGCGCUAAAGAAUUUGCUGAAUUUUAAAUAAAAAAAAAAACAAAAUGAAAAACAACAAACAAAAACAAAAUAUAUAAAUUAAAAUAAAUAAAAUAAAAAAAAAAAA